CGACUGCUUGUGUACCUGCUGAAGUGUGCAUGCCUAAACUUUAUGACAAACCCGACUUUUAUGUCAAUAAUAUCCACCAGUUCAGCAAUCAUGGAGCGGAUGAUCUGUCGCAAUCUCGGUUGGCUGCCAAGGACCUGGUCUUGAAUGUGCUGAAGAAGCGAGCUGCUGAGGUCGACACCGACCGAUGCGCUCCUGGAGAAGAAGAUGCUUUCUAUGUGGCAGACAUGGGUGAGGUUUAUCGCCAGCACUUGCGCUGGAAAAUGAACCUAAGCCGUGUGCGCCCUUUUUAUGCGGUCAAGUGCAACCCCGAUCCCGAGGUCCUCCGCCUCAUGGCCAAGCUUGGAAACGGUUUCGACUGUGCUUCCAAGGCGGAGAUCGACAUGGCUCUUUCGACUGGCGUUGAUCCUAGCCGCAUCAUUUAUGCGCAGCCCUGCAAGACCAAGUCGUACCUGCGUCACGCCGCCAAGGUUGGCGUCAAGCAGAUGACCUUCGAUAACGCCGAUGAGCUGUAUAAGAUCAAGGCCUGCUAUCCUGAGGCAGAGCUCUACCUGCGCAUCCUCACCGACGACUCAAACAGCUUGUGCCAAUUCAGUAUGAAGUUCGGCGCCUCUCUGGAUGUGGCUCGUCAGCUUCUUGAGCUGGCCCACCAACUUGAGCUCAAGAUCGUUGGCGUGAGCUUCCACGUUGGCUCUGGUGCAGAGGACCCCAAGGCUUUCCUCAAGGCCGUUCAGGAUGCUCGCCUGGUCUUUGAUCAAGCCGCCGAGAUCGGCCACGAGCUGCACACUCUCGAUGUUGGUGGCGGGUUCACCGGGGAGACUUUCGAGAAAUUUGCCGCCGUCCUUGACAGCGCUCUCGAAACGUACUUUCCGCCGAACAUCCGCAUAAUUGCAGAGCCGGGCCGCUACUACGUUGGUGGAGCGUUCACCCUAGCGGCGAACAUCAUUGCGCGCCGCGGUGUGCAGGACCCCGAGAACCCCAGCAAGGACGCUUACAUGAUUUAUCUCAACGAUGGUGUUUAUGGAAACUUUUCGAACAUCAUCUUUGAUCACCAACACCCAGAAGCACGCAUCCUUUCCUGCGCGUCCGAGAUUAAUGGUCGCCCUGUCUCCGAAGAUGUGACCUAUUCCAUUUGGGGACCCACUUGCGAUGGUAUUGACGUCAUCAGCCAGCGCAGCGUGCUUCCUGGUUUGUUGGACGUUGGCGACUGGCUUUACUUUGAGGAAAUGGGUGCCUAUACCCGAUGCAGCGCAACACGUUUCAACGGCUUCUCCGAUAACCAUGAGGUGAUCUACAUCUCUAGCGAGGCGGGCGCCUCUGCUCUCCUUGAAUAUUAGCUUAGAUUUGGUUUGCUUUUGUUUUGCGUUUACCAGCCGUUGUCAGUCCUUACCGC